GUCAAUUCGAAUUUUGAACAUUGAAAGUGAAAAUGGCCCGUACUAAGCAGACUGCUCGUAAAUCCACUGGUGGCAAGGCGCCACGCAAACAACUGGCUACCAAGGCCGCACGUAAAAGUGCUCCAGCAACCGGUGGCGUGAAGAAACCUCAUCGGUAUCGCCCUGGCACUGUUGCCCUGCGUGAAAUCCGUCGUUACCAGAAGAGUACCGAGCUGCUGAUCCGCAAACUGCCUUUCCAGCGGUUGGUUCGUGAAAUCGCUCAAGAUUUCAAAACCGACUUGCGUUUCCAGAGCUCAGCAGUAAUGGCCCUGCAGGAAGCUAGCGAAGCCUAUCUGGUCGGUCUCUUCGAAGAUACCAACUUGUGUGCCAUUCAUGCCAAGCGUGUCACAAUCAUGCCCAAGGACAUCCAACUGGCCAGACGUAUUCGUGGCGAGCUUGUAACAUCCGCGUCUCCAGUGGCUGCUCCACCAGUAGCAGCGGAGAAGAAGGUGGCCGCUAAAAAGGCAUCUGGAUCCGCUGCGGCUACUGCAAAGGCAAAGAAGCCCACAGCUCCACCAUCGCAUCCCCCAACUCAGCAAAUGGUUGACGCUUCUAUUAAGAGCUUGAAGGAACGUGGCGGCUCAUCGCUCCUGGCCAUCAAGAAAUAUAUUACUGCCGAAUACAAAUGCGAUGCCCAGAAACUAGCUCCAUUUAUCAAGAAGUACUUGAAGUCGGCCGUUGCCAAUGGAAAGCUGAUCCAAACAAAGGGAAAAGGUGCCUCUGGUUCGUUCAAACUGUCGGCUUCCGCCAAAAAGGAGCCCAAGCCAAAGGUUGCGUCGUCUGUGGAGAAGAAAGUGAAAGCCAAGAAGGUGGUGUCAUCGGCAGCAGCAAAGAAGACAGCAGGCCCCAAAAAAGCAGCCGGAGCCGGUGACAAGAAGCUAAAGGCAAAGAAGACAGUCGCCACCGCCACCAAGAAGACCGCCGAGAAGAAGAAAACUGAGAAGGCAAAGGCCAAGGAUGUGAAGAAAGCUGGAACCGUGAAGGCGAAGCCAGCAGCGGCAAAGGCCAAGUCGAGCCCUGCAAAGCCAAAACCAAAAGCAAAGGCUGUAGCUGCAGCGGCGUCUGCCAAGCCCAAGAAGGUGACGAAAAAGCCAGUUGCUCCCGCCACCGUAAAGAAGCCGAAAGCAAAGACGACGGCGGCCAAGAAAUUGAGAGUGAAAAUGGCCCGUACUAAGCAGACUGCUCGUAAAUCCACUGGUGGCAAGGCGCCACGCAAACAACUGGCUACCAAGGCCGCACGUAAAAGUGCUCCAGCAACCGGUGGCGUGAAGAAACCUCAUCGGUAUCGCCCUGGCACUGUUGCCCUGCGUGAAAUCCGUCGUUACCAGAAGAGUACCGAGCUGCUGAUCCGCAAACUGCCUUUCCAGCGGUUGGUUCGUGAAAUCGCUCAAGAUUUCAAAACCGACUUGCGUUUCCAGAGCUCAGCAGUAAUGGCCCUGCAGGAAGCUAGCGAAGCCUAUCUGGUCGGUCUCUUCGAAGAUACCAACUUGUGUGCCAUUCAUGCCAAGCGUGUCACAAUCAUGCCCAAGGACAUCCAACUGGCCAGACGUAUUCGUGGCGAGCGUGCUUAAGUUGACAUUUCUUCGACAAGCGCAUAUAAACUUUGUACAAAUCGGUCCUUUUCAGGACCACAAAUAACUUACAUUGAGAUUUUUUAUUUCUACAUACUCGCAUUAUUUUUCCCCAAA